AUGGCCGAGGAUACAGAAGAGAGGCUAGCGGAACACACCGGGGGUUUCUCCACAACAUCGGAUGGCAACGAGCCGCUCGAGUGCCGGACUGCGUACCGAAGGUUCGGGGCUAAUGAUGACAGACGCAGGGGACCGCAGAGCUCUGAACCUCGCCAGCGACCCAGCCAAGCCGGCGCGCGCCUCGAGGGGUUGUGCAUGCCGCCGGUAUCGCAGUGA